ACGGACGGACAGACAGCGCGGUCCGGGGUCUGGCGGCGGCGGCGGCGAUGGAGUUCCUGUACGGCAGCCCCUACAGCAGCCCCGUGGGGCAGCGCAUCGAACAAGCAACUGAUGGAUCGUUGCAGGCUGAGGAUUGGGGCCUGAACAUCGAGAUCUGUGAUAUCAUCAAUGAGACUGAGGAAGGACCAAAAGAUGCCAUCAGGGCCUUGAGGAAAAGGCUCGCGGGAAAUAAAAACUUCCGGGAGGUGAUGCUGUGUCUGACGGUUCUGGAGACGUGCGUGAAGAAUUGUGGCCAUCGGUUCCAUGUCCUUGUUGCCAGUCGGGACUUUGUGGAAGGCGUGUUGGUCAAAACCAUUCUGCCCAAAAACAACCCCCCCAAUGUUGUGCAGGACAAAGUGUUGAGUUUAAUUCAGGCAUGGGCUGAUGCAUUCCGCAGCACUCCAGACCUCACUGGGGUCGUGGCCAUGUACGAGGAACUGCGGAGGAAAGGGCUCGAGUUCCCGAUGACUGACCUGGACGCUCUGUCGCCCAUCCACACGCCACAACGGGUCUGUAUGAACUUGCGGCUCAAACAGAGUAUCCCUGAGGUGGACCCAGCGGAGACGCACAAUGCCGUCCCCCUACAGCCCCCAGCCCCUGCUGUCUACCCCGCCUCGGAGCUGCCCAUUCCAGGGGCUUCAGCAGACGGUGCCAUCACUCCCUCCCUCGAACAGAUCGCUAAACUGCGCGGUGAGCUGGAUGUUGUGAACGGCAACGUAAAGGUCAUGUCUGAGAUGUUAACUGAGAUGGUCCCCGGACAAGAGGACUCUUCAGAUCUUGAGCUGCUUCAGGAGCUGAACAGGACAUGUCGGGCGAUGCAGCAGCGGUUGCUGGAGCUAAUCUCUCGUGUGACAAAUGAGCAGGUCACUGAGGAGCUUCUGCAUGUCAACGACAACCUCAAUAAUGUCUUCCUGCGAUAUGACAGGUUCGAACGGUUUAGAACGGGACAGAAUGCUGUGAACUCAGUAUUGAUUGGAACCGAGAACCCAGACAGUCUGAUCGACCUGACACCAAACUCCCCGGCCAUCGUCAGCCCCGUGCCGGCCUCGGCUUUGUCCACACAACUGGCUGGCCUCAAUGUGGCCGGAGACGAUGUGAGUGGAACCCUCAAGUCGUUGGAGCCCAACGUCACUGCAAAAACUGAGGAGGAAGAGUUUGACAUGUUUGCACAAACCAGAAGUAGCUCCCUGGCCGACCAGCGCAAGAAUGUAAAGUAUGAGGACCCGCAGGCGAUUGAGGGGCUGGCUGGAGCACUGGACACACGGCAGCACAAUACUGGGGCGACGGAGAGCACAGUGAGCGAGAGCACCAAUCGAUCACUAGACAGCUGGAUGACAAACCAAGGAAUGAUUCCUGUGACUCAGGCCUGUCUAAUGGAAGACAUUGAACAGUGGCUGUCCACAGAUGUGAAAGAUGAAUUGGGAGAUGAUGCUGAAGGUGUAACAAGUGAAGAAUUCGAUAAGUUCCUUGAAGAGCGAGCGAAGGCCGCGGAGAUGCUCCCCACGCUCCCGUCUCCUCCCUCAGAGCCGCCCAGGUCACUGGCCACAUCCAAAAAGACAAAGCAGGAAAAGACAGAGGACGCCCUCUUCUCACUCUGAGAUGUUCCAUCUCUCUCAGCCUCGACUGCAAAGUCUGAAGACAAAUUCCGCAAUCGCCCUUCAUAGCAUAUCCAGCCUCUCGCUUCUGCGAGUGGCUCAGCAAACCCCAGAGUAGCCGUUUGUAAGUGAAAUACACCAUGUUUAGGAUAUUUGGUGGAGAGGACACGAGAGUUGUUCGGAGAAUAAAAGCUGAAUAAAUAACCCUUGUUGUUGAGGCUCCUGCCAACUUACAACAGACCAGGUAGCUUUAUAACGUGACUCAUUACAAUUUAAUUUGGGAUACAAGAGCCUAUCAGCUCCUAAUGUGUCUCUAAAGCAAAUUAUUUUCUUUUCUCGUCCCAAACCAGGAAUGUUCUCUGGUGUCAUUUAAAUUAUUUUUUGAAUUUUUUUGAAGUUUCUUAACCCAAGGAUCGUGAUAGUGGUUCAGUGACUUGACCAAUCAUGAUCGCUGUCUCCUGGUUUGCUUUACGAGAUCUCUGAGCGUGAUGAUCUCUCCCUGGUUCUGCCAUAUUGGAGUGGGUGACUGUCUCUCGUGAACACGGCAGCAUGUCUGAGGUGUCCAGGAUGCUGUUUGUUCAAACCUUUUCCCUCACAAGAUUUUUGCAAUGUCCAGGUCUCCCAUUUGGUGAAAAACAAAUUGCUGCUCGUAAGUAGCUCAAUUUCACUUCUUUACUUUAUCUCCUGGUCUCAUUGCUCGAUUGGGGAGGGGAGAGAAAUGGUGUAUAAUUGACGAUAGCAUAGCAUGAACUUCAAUAAAUUUGUCGUGGUUUUGUUUUGUUUAGCAAUUUUCUCUUGUUUUAGUCCAUUUACUAAAACCCAUUUGCAUUCGUCAAUAUGGCAGCUGAGGUGUCAGGGAAUGGUAUGCACUAACCCGCAAGUUACAAGUUAAUCUGCACAGAAUUAUGAAAGGCACAGCUCCUGGGUAAGAUUCUGUAAGACUUCAGACGAUUGGUUUGAUUCUAAAUUAACCAUUCAGGAUUCCACUUUACUUUGUUGUCAUUCAUUCAGCGAUGUGGUCUGUCAUAUCUUUAUGCUUUAGUUGAAUAAAUCGACUGUCUUAUAAACGUUAAGUUAAACAAUUCGCCGUCACCUAUUUCCAUUGUAUUCUGUUCAAUUUGGAUUGAUUUUGUGCUAGCAACAUAGCUUCUUUACCUUACAAGGAAAACUUGCAAUUUGAUUGAGAUUUGAUUGAUUGAACUUUUUAAUUAUUAAUCUCAAGGAUCAGAAAAAUGUGAACUACAUUCCAAAGUUCCCAUGAGGAAAUCCUGGUAAAUUAAGCUUAAGUCGAUGGAGCUAUGCAAGGCAAGAGCCCUACAGUGAGCUGUUAGAGUGUGCACAAGGGCAGUGUCUUGUUGCUAACUGUAAUGAUACGGAUUUCUCUCUCCAACAAUGUCCUUCAGUCUCAGGAUCAGGAAGAGACGAAAAAACCUAAACAAUGAAAAUGGGAAUGACCUAACCCAUUUGGCCACUAGCCAUUAGUUUUUCAAACAUUCUACAAAAUCUUACCCCAGGAAGACCAGCCUGUAUGGAACGGUCACUAUUCUCAGGUAUCGUUCCAGCUGAAUUACUGAGGUACUGACUCGACUGUGUUUGUAUGUGGGUCGUAGCUUACACAGAACUAACUGGUGUAAACAAGGUAUAAACUCACAAAUUGGCUGUUUCUCUCCAAGACCUUUUGUUUAGCAAUUCAAUCUGAACAAAAAUGGAAAACACUUUAUUCUUCUUAAAAGUAAUUGAAGUUGUUAAAUGUGCUGCUGUCUCUAGGUGAAGCUAGACAAGAUGUGAUCAUGUAUAGUUUUGAAUACAGAUUAUUGUUAUUAUUUGAGAAUAUUGGGGCAUGAUUUAGCAAUUUAAAUAUUGUUUUGUCAUGGUGAUAUACCAUGGAAUGAAUAUGGUGUACGCUUUGGUACAUCUCAAACUUCUGCUUGGAUCAGACAUGCUUUUAGCUGAAUUCAGAUAAAUGCUGCAACUUUCAUAAAUGGGAUUUGUGUGUAACAUCCUCUGCACCUGCAGACUAAUAGCCACUGCUCUGUAGUAAGAAAAUGAUAACUUUGUGACCGAUUAUGAAACACACAAAAAGACUUCAUAAGUGUUUACAUUUUUCUUCAUAUGAAGGCUACAAAUGUUCUCAAGUCAACCUGUCUGUCUGUAUUGUAGUAAUUACCAAUGUAGAGAAACAUUAAUGGUUUUAUGCCUUCAUUGCCCAUGCUUUAUAUCUCUUAGCUUUACUUUUGGUCUGGUUUGUGUUGUAGUGUCUUUAUGCUAAUGUUUGUAACCCCGUAUCUGCAGCAGUAAUGGCUGGGGGAGAAUUGACACCUAUGGCUGGAGGCUCCUGAACAAUCACAUGAGCUGCUUCUCUUCAUGUUAUAUUUAUGUCCAGAUAAUUACACCUUAAAGGGGAACAGUACUGUGGAGGUUAAAUACUUUCAACUCGGCUUACUCCACGUCUUAAGGAUUCAGACCCUGUGGAAAAUGACAAGCUAUUUGUCAGCAUUGCUGUUCAGUGAGUUGUAUAAUUAAAGUACUCCUAGUGGUUGUCUUUAAAGCAUUUACAUAAGUAAUCACAGACAUGAGUGAUGUCGUUACGCUUCCUGAAUGCAGUCGCUUGUGAUGAAUGUGAUUUCUAACCCAAUGAGAGGCUUUCAUUACUGCAAAAGGAAAUAACACACCAGAGAGCUUGUCCAGCUUUCAGCAGAAAUUACUGAGGGAGGGAGUGAGGGCGAGGACAAGUCUGACCACAUAGAGCUGCCAAAGCUACAACACUGUCUCGUUCAGAUUGAAGGAUUUGUUUAACAUAUGUAUAAAGAGGCUUCUUUGGCCAGAUGAAGAAAUGUAGUCGUAGAAAAGUUUUAUUAAUGAUGGUUGUGAAAAGCUUCCUCAGUGUAAAACUGCUAUUGUUGCUCUGUUCGCUUUUCCAUCUGGGUGUCAAUAGGCAUCUGACUCUCAGCCCAGAAACUCCAGUUGACAUUUAGACUUAAAACCCCUGGGAUUUCAUUCCUGUCAUCUCAAAUAGGUGAAGUACAUGGGCUGAAACUGUCAGAGUCCCAACUGGAAAUUCGUGUUUAUUUCAGAAAAAGCAAAUGUCCAGGUCAAACUUAAUGCUAAAGCCCAAGUUUCCCAGAUUCAUCAGGUGAGCAAAUCCAUCGUCCUGCCUCUCAUUACAAUCAGCAAGAUCAGGUACAGGGAGGCUAUUGCCAACAUUUGUGCUAAUAUUUUACAAUUUUCAAUCUGUUACUAAUUUCUGUUUUGUUUCUCUGCGAUGACCAGCUCACUCAUUGGCUAACCUUGGGGCAUCUUAUGAAAUAUCAUGGAUUUAAUGUUGAUUCUGAUGUGGGUGGCACUGACCCUGUUACUUAUUCUGAGAGUCAAAGAAAUUUCUGUAACAACAGAAUAAAUUUAUGUUCUACCUCGCACCCCCGUGGCUCUAAUGGGGUAAAGACACCUCUGGUUCAACCCUGGGCUACAAACCAGUUCAAAUCUAAAUAUUCACCAAGUUAGCACAAAAGUUUGGGCUAUAAUUGGCUACAGUUCCCAUGGGUUGGGAAGGAAAAUCAAAGUUCUGGUUCCUAACAACUAUCCAAAGGCCUGUUUGAAGGUGCAUUCAAAUUGACAUCUGAUAUAGAUAUCAUUGAACUCAGCUGAUUGCGUUUGAAUAGCCGACUCGCACUCUAUCUCAAGACUUGCUUUGAAUAAUGGCCCCAAAGAACAGCCCCUGAAAGAAAAAUCAACUUUUAUUCCAAAUAUGUUGGUGUUGUGUCUUGUGUUGCUUGUGUAGCUCCACAUGUGCAAGCUUUUGAGGCAACUAGAGUUCCCAGUGUACAGCUAAGCUUAUAAUGAUUCCAUUUUGGUCAACAUAAUGUGCCAUUCAUUAGAAUACAAGUAUUAGGCUUGAGUUGAUGUGAUGUAACUUGACUGUUGGAUUACUACCUCGAAUGUGCCUCAGUCGAUCAAGGCAAUAUAGUCAGUUUGGGUUCAGUCUGUGCUGUCAGAUUCUCAUACAAUGAUUGUCAAUGCAAUGUACAAAGCUAGUGUGGUGUCGCCAAUAAAGAUCCAUAACUCUUUGCUGCUGGAUAUUUUUUGCUGCUGGAGACGGGAGUAACUCAUAUCUUCACACGAAACCCACAAUUUGUGGCCGUUAAUCCAGAUUGUAACUAGUUUGUGCUGUAGAUAAGAACUUGAAUUUUGGAAGAAAGGAAGAUUUUUGAUUUUAUUCACAGCAAAGCAAACAUAUUUCAACAUUGGCUAUAAAAACAUCUGUGCACUUUAUUGUAAUUGGCUCACGAAUGUCUCUGACCUGAAACAAGUCAUCUAUGCAGUUGGAUUGUUAGAUGGUGUUGGGGACAAAUAAAUUAAUGGACUAAAA